AUAACCUACUAGGUCGGCGCUGUUUACACUUGCAAUGAUAAUGCGAGUAGAUGUCGUCUCGCUCAUCCAGCUGUGGCACUUUGAACCAAAGAUUUUAGCAGUUUUACCAUAUCUAAAUCUUCAUCCUGAUUACAUGCACUUCGAAUCAGUCCGGUCUUGACCAGCGUUUAUAUCUCACAAUGGAGUCUCCGCAACACAGCAACACUCCACCUCGCAAGUCUCCGCGACCCUUCAAAGGAGAUCGGGAGCUUAUCGCCGAGGCCGCAAAAUGUCUUCGGGACAGAGACAUCAUGAUUGUUGAGUAUGGACAACAGCUGAUGCACCGUAUCGGCUGCCCAGUGGUACUUCAGACUGUUGAGUGGAUCGUGCCUGACGAUCAAUUAUCGCUCGCGUCUCGAACGCUCUUAGACCACGGAUUUCCCUUGGCCCCUCCUUCUGAACUACUUGCAUCUAGAGGAGAAUGGGAGACAAAGGCACUCAUACACAAUAUAAAUGGCGAAUAUUAUCGCUUCCCAAUGACGAUACAUCUGUACCCUCUCUCGUUCGUCGGUCUUACUCUCGAGGAUACAGUGGAGGUCAUAUCUACCUUCGACUUGAAUCAAAAAAUUUUGACACCUAAACCUCCAAAUUAUAUGUUGUCCUUGAUAUGCUAUCUUCUCAAGUGUCCAGUUGGCGAUAUCAACAGGCUCAAAGUGGAGUCAGAUCUUGUUUGCUUUAUAAGCUACUUUAUUUUUCAGGAUUCAUAUGACUAUGAUGAAAGUCAGGAAAGUGAGGAGGAUUUUCAAAAGAGGGUCGAGGAAGCAGUUCGGUCGGUUAAAAGCUGGGACUGGGGUUCCACUGAACAAAAGCAUUUGGAUAUUAUCGAAGCUGUUAUUCGUGACUGUCGCUCUAUUGACACCCUCUCUGAGUGUCAUUCUCAUUUUAUUUAGUUUGGAGAGACCAAUC